UUUUUCAUUUUCAAAUGUCAUGAAUUUUUUAAAAAUUCUUUUUUAUAUUUAUUGCGGAAUCAAAACUAAGCGGAAAAUUUUAAUCUAGGGUGACAAAAGAGAGUGUGUGAAGCUGGAUAAUCCAGCGGCCUGUUUUCAAUUGGGUAAUCAUAUCAGCUAUGGAGGGAACUAGCUCAUAACUCGGUGUGAAUUAAGCUUGAUCAAAUAUUGAUGGCGAGUUUUAGCUUUGUAAGGUAUUGCUUAAUUGGUAAUAAUCUUGUGUUUCUAAUAAAAUCUGUUCAAUUUCUUUCAUAAUUAUCAAUCAACUCGAGUUUAUUGAUGUUUGCUCUAAUGCAACCAGUUGAAGCAAUAUCUAUAGACCCUUCUCAUUACUUGGCGAACCUCCUUUCAAAAUGCAUUCGAACUAAUGAUCUCAAUCUUGGGAGACUCAUCCAUUCACGGCUGAUAAAGACAGCGUUAAACUUUAACACAUUCCUCGCCAACAGAUUGAUUGACAUGUAUGCUAAAUGUAGCUCUGUAGAAUAUGCGCAACAGGCAUUUAAUGAAGUAUCAAACAAGAAUGCUCAAUCUUGGAACACAAUACUCUCAGCUUAUUGUAAAAAGGGUCUUUUUAGAGAAACCUUCCAGCUGCUCGAUGUAAUGCCUGAACCAAAUGUUGUGAGCUAUAACUCGAUUAUAUCUAGCUUAACUCAUCAUGGGUUUCCAGGAAAAGCUAUGGGAUUUUUCAAAAGAACGCGAAUACGAUGUAGAGAUGAGUUCUUGAUUGACGAGUUUACAGUUGUUGGUGUGGUAAAUGCUUGCGCGUGUUUGGGUGUCUUGAGGUUGUUGCGUGAAUUGCAUGGGUUCGCAACUGUGAUUGGUGUGAAGUUUAAUCUUGUGGUUUGCAAUGCACUGAUUGAUGCUUAUGGGAAAUGUGGCAAACCUGAGUACUCAUAUUCUGUCUUUUGUCAAAUGCAUGAGACUGAUGUGUUCUCCUGGACUUCGAUGUUGGUUGCUUAUAUAUGUGCAUCUAGAUUGGUAGAUGCGUGUUCACUUUUUGAUAGCAUGCCAGUCAGAAAUGUGGUGGCUUGGACUGCUUUGAUCAUGGGGUUUGCUCAGAAUGGAGAAGGAGAGAAGGCUUUGUGUAUUUUUAAGGAGAUGCUGGAAGAAGGUAUUGUGCCCAGUGCAUCCACUUAUGUUAGUGUUCUAAGUGCUUGUGCAGACAUACCUAUUAUAGAAAAAGGGAAGCAGGUUCAUGGACACAUUUUUAGAUAUACGCGUUUAAUUGAUUUGCAUAAUGUGUUUGUAGUUAAUGCUUUGAUUGACAUGUACUGUAAAUGUGGAGACAUGAUAUCUGCUAUGACAUUGUUUGGGAGGUUAGAUGGGAAGGAUCGAGUUACUUGGAACUCAAUAAUAAUUGGGUUCGCUCAAAAUGGGAAUGGAGAGAUGUCAUUGUUCAUGUUUGACAAAAUGAUUGAAGCAGGUACAAAACCAAAUCAUGUAACUUUUCUUGGGGUUUUAUCUGCCUGUAGCCACUGUGGUUUACUAUCUGAAGGAUUCCACUAUCUUCAUUCAAUGGAGAGGGAAUACGGUAUAGUGCCCCAAUUAGAUCACUACGGGAUCUUGAUUGAUUUACUUGGACGGAAGAAUAGACUUUGGGAAGCUGCGGAAUUAAUCACGGGAGCUCCUUGGGGAACAAACAAUAUUGGAAUGUGGGGCGCGCUUCUGGGUGCUUGCAGGGUACAUGGGAACUUAAAACUUGCUAGAAGGGCAGCAGAAGCUCUAUUUGAGCUGGAACCUGAUAAUGCUGCCAGGUAUAUUAUGUUAUCCAACAUCUAUGCAGCAGCAGGAAGGUGGGAUGAUGCCCGCAGUUUGCGAAGGUACAUGGAUAACAGAGGAUUGGUGAAAGAAGCAGCUUACAGUUGGAUUGAGAUAAAAAACAUCAGACAUAAGUUUGUCGCUAAAGACCAGUCCCACAGUCGGUCAGAAGAAAUAAAAGAAUUGCUAACUAAACUCAUUGAUCCAAUGAAGGAUGUUGGAUACGUAUUUCAAACUGAAAGCUCGUACUUUCUUGAAGAUGAUGCAUUUUCUUGAUAUGAUUGAAAGAGGUUUUAACCAUGUACAGAGCUUUCUACUUUUAACGACUAACUAUGAGCUUCGGUGCAAACCUGUCCUGCUGAAAUUUUGGGAGAGAAAAAAGUGAGGCAGAAUUUUUGUCUUUCCAGAUAUCAUCACUUAUCUUAAAGGUAAGAAACAUGACCAUCAGAUGCUAGGCAUUAUAAUACAGUCCUUGCUGCUUGAAGUUUCAGAGAUGUUGAUAUUAUGACCAGCAGAUGGAUCCAUCAUUAAUGUGCAGGUAUCCAUCCACCUAUUUGGUGCACAGGUAAUGUUUCUGCUCAUUGAUUUAAUGUUUUUCAUUUUUGUGAUAAAGCUGUGAUUGGUCUUUCACAUGGACCUGUUAGCUAUCACAACCGUUCAGUUUCUUAUGAACCACUGGCUUCAGGUUCUUUGUUUGAAGAUCUCAUUUCCAGCGACCAAAUGUUUCACUAGGGUGAAGUGGUAUUGAUGACAUGCCUAUUACUUCUCCUAAAUCACGAGAUAGUUAAAUUUCUUAAUGUUGUUAUUCCCUAAAUAUGACAAUUCCUAUAGGUACCACGAUUUACUAAUUUUGUCUCUGCUGUUGCUAUUGAUCGCAGGUUAUAUCUGCAUUCUUUGACUUAAGCACAAAACCAGUCUGCUCAUAGUUCACUACAGCAGUAUGAAGAAGCUGGGAUAGGCUCACGGCCAAAUAUAAAGUCAACAGCUCUGAGGAACCCGCAGUUGCUCAGCAAGCUGAAGGUUGUCUUGGAGAGAGUAAAGCAAGAAGCUAAUGUGCAUAGAGAAAGAGAGCCCCGGAGCAAUGUAAUAUGCAGAGAGUAUACACAAGUGGCUAGCAUUGGAGAGCAAACAGUUGUGAGAACAGAUUUAUGGGUGAAAUAACGAGCUAAGAAAAGUUUGGGUUAAUGGAGUUGUUUUUUAAAAGUUAUUUUUCCGGUUGAUUGGAUUUAAUGUUAGUUUUUAACAUAUGUCAUGAUGACAUAUUCUUUGAUGGCAUGAUUGGUGCCUUGAUAUCCUUUGGAAAAAUAUAAAAUCUCCAAUACAAAUAUGAAAAUUUGAAAAGAACAACAAUAGUAUAAUGAAGGCAGAAAGCAGCCAUGACUUUUUUUUAA